AGUAUCGUGAUGCAUUUACGAGAUCUAAUAACCUAAGACCUUCAUCAAAUAUUAAUCCUACCUUUGAUUCUUAUAAUAAUAAUUAUGAAAAUAUUGGGUUAAUAGAAAGCUCAGAACAUGUAAUAGAGCUUUCCAUUUUACCACCAAGAUGGGUAGAUAUAGUGGAGGAAGUGGAUGAAUUAGUUAAUCAAAUAAAAAAGCUUAUUCCACAAUUGGAGGAGCUCCAUAAAAGACAUAUACUCCCAGGAUUUGAUGAUAGAACUGAAGAGGAAAAAGAGAUGGAACAAUUAACAGAUGAAAUAACUAAACUUUUCCAAGAAUGUCAAAGAAAAGUGAAACAAAUUGAUAAUGCAUCAACAAGGUCAAAUCAAGAACAAACUCUGAGCAAAAAUAUUCAAACUUCAUUAGCAUUAAAAAUACAAAAUGUAUCAUUAGAUUUUAGGAAGAUGCAAACAGCUUAUCUGAAAAAACUCAAAUUAAGAGGAAAUCGUAACCCUGGAUUAUUUGCAACAGAAAAUAUAGAUUUAAUUGAAGAAAAUUGGGAAUUGGGAUUUUCUGAUCAACAACUUGAACUUAUUGAAUCUUCAGAGGCAAUUAUUUCACAAAGAGAACAUGAAAUAAAUGAAAUAUCAAAGUCAAUAAAUUCAUUGGUAACAAUCUUUAAAAAUAUGCAAUCCCUUGUGAUUGAUCAAGGAACAUUAUUGGAUCGAAUUGAUUAUAAUGUUGAACAAAUGAGUGUUAAUGUCAGAUCAGCAGCUAAAGUUUUAGAACAAGGUGCAGGCUAUCAAAAAAAAUCAAGAAAUCGAAAAAUUAUUAUAUUGUUGUUGUUACUUAUUUUGGGAUUAGCUAUAGUUCUUAUCUUUAAACCACGUAAACAUAAAUAA